AUGGCCCCAGACAGAGGCAAAGGGCAUGCGAAGAGAGCAUCUUCCCGGGCUUGGGAUGCUCUCAACCAUCCGCUCUCGCCGUGGAUCAUCGACGCAGUGUCCGCCUUGAAUUUCACCCGCAUGACCCCCGUCCAAGCCUCGACGAUUCCUCUCUUUAUGGCCUACAAGGAUGUCGUGGUUGAGGCUGUCACCGGUAGCGGCAAGACAUUAGCUUACCUCAUACCGGUCGUGGAAAAGCUGCUGAGACUGGAAGAACCAAUCAAGAAGCAUCAUGUUGGUGCCAUCGUCAUUUCUCCCACUCGGGAAUUGGCGACGCAGAUAUACAAUGUCCUCGUUUCGCUACUACGAUUUCACCCUCCUUCCGCUGCGGAACUUGGGCCACUCGACACUCCAGAGCCAACUGAAGGGGAAAGCGCUGUCGGAAGCUCCGACCGGUCGACUCACAAAAUCGUUCCGCAGCUGCUCGUAGGUGGAUCGACAACCCCAGCGCAAGAUCUGAGCAAGUUCUUGAAGACGGCGCCAAAUGUCCUGAUCGCAACGCCAGGCCGCUUGCUUGAUGUCAUGACGUCUCGUGAUGUCCACUACCCCAAAUCCUCCUUCGAAGUACUGGUCCUUGACGAAGCUGACCGCUUACUCGACCAUGGCUUCAAAGAGGAUCUCACCAAGAUUAUCAAUCUGUUGCCGAAAGAAAGGCGAACAGGGCUUUUCAGUGCAAGUGUAAGCGAAGCGGUGGAUCAGCUCAUCCGCGUAGGGCUACGAAACCCGGUGAAGAUUGAGGUCAAAGUCAAAGGCGCGAACGGAGUCCAAGACAAGCGGACACCAGCCAGUCUGCAAAUGACAUAUGCGGUCACAAGGGCUUCAGAAAAAUCCUCUGCACUGGCACUUCUGUUACAGCGAAUGGAACCCAUACCAUUGAGGACCAUCGUGUAUUUGUCCACUUGUGCUGCGGUGGACUACUUCCAAGCAUUGUUGCCGGUCAUUCUCCCUCCGGAGGUCACUUUGGUGCCUCUGCACGGUAAGCACCCAGCGAACGUUCGGGAGAAGAAUUUCGUUCGGUUCACCAACUCGGCUUCUCCGGCCUUACUUCUGACAACAGAUGUCGCCGCCCGGGGGCUUGACGUCCCAUCUGUGGACCUUGUCGUGCAGGUAGACCCUCCUUCUGAUCCGAAAGUGUUUCUGCAUCGAUGCGGACGUGCAGGUCGUGCAGGACGAAAGGGUGUCAGUGUGGUUCUGCUACUCCCUCACGAGAAGGACUAUAUCGAAUUUUUGAGGGUUCGGCACACUCCCAUCGAACCCUUGGCGGAUCCCGAUAUCUCCGUAACUGACGGGGAAUGCUUUGCGGCCCGGGGGAGGUUCCAGAAGAUCGUUCUCGGCGACCGCGCUCUGCAUGAUAAGGCUCAACGAGCCUUCGUCAGCUGGGUUCGGAGUUACUCCAAACAUGAAGCAAAGUCCAUCUUUAAUCUGGGCCAAAUUGAUUGGCAUGAUCAUGCUGCCGCAUGGGGUCUACUGAAGAUGCCAAAGAUUGCAGAACUCAGGAACAUCAAAUUGCCGCCAUACAACGGCCCAGAUGUUGACUGGCUCAACUACCGCUACAAAGACAAGCAGAGAGAACAACAUCGAAAGCAAACGCUUGCAGAAGGGCCGAAGGACAAAGCGGCAGAUUCAAAGAAACGAAAGAGCACCGUUGCCUGGUCGGAAAAGCUUGAGCGUAAGGCAAGCAAAGAAGUCAAGCGAUCCAAGAAGGAAGCCAAGAGGGAAUACGAAAGAGUUGCGAAGAUGACAGAUGAUCAGAAACUGUACGAAGCUGAGACUUCGGACAUGAUCAAACAGCUUCGAUCAGAGCAAGUCCAGGCUCCAGGCCAAGGGGAUACUUUUGAAGGUUUCGACUGA